AUGCGCUUCUCUUUCGCCAUCGCCGCCCUUCUCAGCACUGCCCAGGCACACAUCAACGGCAUAUCCGUUCCCUCGACCAUCAAGCCAGGCGACCCUUUCAAUGUCAUUAUCCUCAGUUCCAACUGGAUUCAGAGUUCCUACGACGUCGCCAUUGCGUUCGGUUAUGCCACAGGCAAGGGCUUCCCCGGGUCCCUAGGCACAGUGGCCGACUCGUUCUAUCUCGGACCUAAUGAGUCUAACCAGCUGCGCAACUUCAACAAGACCAUCACUAUUCCUAAGUCGACACCAAAAGGCAAAGGUGUCGUGUCGGCUUCGCUAUUCACUUUGAUCGGCGCUGCGGAGUCCGGUGUGUUGAAUGACUAUAAUGUCACCGUGACAUUUGGGGAUAAGACAAGCAAGAAGUAUAAGUCGAGCUCGUGA